AUGACAGAAGCAAAAAUUGCACCUUCCUUGUUGUCCGGUGACUUUGCCAACCUUGAACAUGAAGUCGGUCGCAUGUUGCAUUACGGUAGCGACUGGCUUCACGUUGAUAUCAUGGACUCUCAGUUUGUUCCUUCUCUCACGAUUGGACCCAUCGUCGUCAAAGCAAUGCGUAGCCAUUUCACCCAGGAGAAGGCUUUCUUUGAUUGCCAUCUUAUGGUUAUGAACCCCGAAAAAUGGGUAGAUGAAUUCGCGGAUGCUGGUGCCAACAUGUUUUGCUUUCACUAUGAAGCUACUGAAAAGCAUAUGGAAAUUAUUAACCGGGCCCACGAAAGAGGUAUGCUCGUAAGUUGUGCCGUAAAGCCCGACACCCCCGUUGAAGUACUUGAUCCUUUGGUGCAGCAUCUUGACAUGGCUUUGAUUAUGACUGUGGAGCCUGGUAAGGGUGGUCAAAGCUUCCGUAGUGAAUGUUUGCCCAAGGUGAAGUAUUUGCGUACGCGUCACCCUAAUUUAGACAUCGAAGUAGAUGGUGGACUUUCUCCUAAAACUGUGGACGCUGCCUCAGAUGCAGGUGCAAAUGUCAUUGUUGCCGGUACUGCUGUAUUCAAAGCAGAGAACCCUACUCAAGUGAUUUCUGAGCUUCGCAACUCUGUUUUGAAGGCUCAAGAAAUCAAGCCUUGGGCGAAAAAAUAG